CUUAGGGUUACAGCUUGCACAUGGAAUGUCAAUGGACAGCUGACUUCGGAAGACAUUUCUGAGUGGCUAAGGAAAGAAGACGGCAAUUCAGAUAUUAUUGCUAUUGGUUUCCAAGAACUUGAUCUUAGUGCCGAAGCUUUGCUACAAUUAAAAGAAUCGAGUAGAGCUGAGGAAUGGGUGAAAAUUGUUGACAAGCAUUUGCCUAUCGACAUGUGCAAGGUACGAGGUAUAAGAUUAGUGGGAAUGUUACUAUUAGUAUAUGCAAAAUCCAAUCUUCGAGAAUUUAUAACUGAAAUUCAUGCUGAUCACGUUGGUACCGGCAUCAUGGGAAUGAUGGGUAAUAAAGGAGGUGUAGCAGUACGAUUUAAGUUGCACCUUACUACAAUGUGCUUUGUCAAUUCUCAUCUUGCUGCUCACGCUGAGGAAAUUGAGAAACGUAAUCAAGAUUUUAAAGAAGUCAGUUCUAAACUUUUUAGUCGCUCAAGUCAGCCUCUCUCGGUUCUAGAUCAUGAGACCACGUUCUGGUUUGGAGAUUUAAAUUAUCGAAUAGCGGGAAAUGAAGCUAUAGUUAAGGAUAUGAUUAAAAGCGGACUUUUAGAUGAUCUCUUCAAGUUCGAUCAGCUUAACCAACAAAUGAGCCAGCGAAAAGUUUUCCAAAACUUUAUAGAAGGUCCAAUAAAAUUCAUUCCAACAUAUAAGUAUGACCCUGGUACUAAUAAUUGGGAUACAAGUGAAAAGUGUCGAGCUCCUGCUUGGUGCGAUCGCAUUUUAUGGAAAGCUACAAACGUUCUCUUUGUCGAUUAUCGCAGUCAUCCGUCUUUGAAAUGUAGCGAUCAUAAGCCAGUGUCUGCAAGUUUUAACGUAUUUAUUAAAGUCAUUAAUAAAGAAAAGCAGCAAGAAAUCCUACAUGAUGUUAUUCGAGAUUUAGAUAAAAAUGAAAAUGAACAUUUACCUCAGAUUUCGCUUAGCCAACAAGAAUUCAAUUUCGGCGAUAUAAAAUAUAAUGUCUCAAAGACUGAAACGUUGAAUGUUGUCAACACUGGAAAGAUUCCUAUAAGGUACUCUUUUAACCCUAAGCCUGGCGAGUCAAACCAUUGCAAACCAUGGUUAGAAAUUAAGCCUGCAUCUGGAAACAUCAUGAAAGGUAAAUCGGCCGAAAUAAGUUUGAUCAUGAAAGUAACUAGUGAAACUGCCACAAAGUUAAAUACUGGUGAAGAUAAAUUAGAAGACAUUUUGAUUUUACACCUCGACGACGGAAAAGAGCAUUUUGUAUCCAUUACGGGUAACUAUCUACCUAGUUGUUUUGGUGUUGCAAUUGAGACAUUAGUGUACAUACCUGGCGGUAUACGCGAGAUUCCUAUAAAUAAACUUAAUACAAAGCAAAUGUUUGAAAAGAUUGCUCAUCCAGACAGAAAUGUAACUCCAUUAGAAAUUCCUAAAGAAUUAUGGCUACUGAUGGAUUAUUUAAAUGUGUAUUGCACGGAAAAAGAAGGAAUAUUUACCGAAACGGGUUUAGAAACUGAAAUGAUGCAUGUUCGUGAUGCAAUGGAUACUCUUUCAAUCCUUUACAUUACGAAAGAAUUUAGCGCAUUUUCAGUAGCAAAUUGCUUGCUCGAAUUCCUGGAUGCAUUUCCACAGCCGGUGAUCCCACAUUCCUUCUUUCAGAAAUGCAUAGAUAACUGUAACAACUUUAUAGCAUGUAAACAGGUAAUACUACAACAAAUACCCACAAGUCAUCGUAAUACCUUUAAAUACGUAUGUGCCUUCUUGCGCAAGUUGCUAUUGAAAAUAGGCAAGAAUAAGCUUGAUGCCAAAACUUUAGGUACUAAUACCGACAAGGUUUAUUUUGACUGCCUAUUUGUGAAUUACGAAUGCAUCUUCUGA